AUGUCCGCAGUAAAACCCUACAAGAUCAGCAUUCCCCAAGCCAAGCUUGACCGUCUCAAGGCGAAGCUUGCGGCCGCAGACUUCCCUGAUGAGCUUGAGGGUUCUGGAUGGGCUUAUGGCGCCCCUCUCCAGGACGUCAAACGGAUCGCCAAGUACUGGCACGACUCGUUCGACUGGCGCAAGGCGGAGGCCGAGUUGAACGAAUUGCCUCAAUACACGACCACUAUCAAGCUCGACGGGUUUGAUGAUAUUGACUUGCAUUUCGUCCACGCUAAGAGCCCCAACCCAGGCGCAAUCCCACUGCUUUUCUGUCACGGAUGGCCCGGAAGCUUCGAUGAGAUACAGAAAAUGCUCCCAUUGCUGCUCGAUGGUGGAAAGGAUCAUCCGUCAUUUGAUGUGAUUGCCCCGUCCAUGCCCAAUUAUGGAUUCUCGUCCAUUGUCCGGCAGCCUGGCUUUGGGUCACGCCAGACAGCCGAGGUCUUUCAGAAACUUAUGGUGGACGUACUUGGCUACACUGAGUAUGUGACUCAAGGCGGCGACAUCGGAUAUGCUGUCACAAGAUAUCUCGGGUAUCUGUACCCUCAGAACUGCAAGGCCAGCCACUACAACUUCCCUCAGCCUGAGGAACCCAGCGAGACGCACUUCCCGGAGCUUGCCAAGAUCUACCAGGAGACGCCCCGGACUGAAGCGGAGCUUAAGGGAUUUGAACGGUCGCAGUGGUUUGAAAAGGAAGGUCGAGGGUACUAUUUAGAACACGCAACCAAGCCCCAGACACUUGGGUACAGCUUGACAGACUCCCCUGUUGGGCUGCUGGCGUGGAUCUACGAGAAGCUCCAUGACUGGACGGAUGACUACCCGUGGACAGAGUACGAGGUCUGCAAGUGGAUCAGCAUCUACUGGUUCAGCACGCCAGGUCCUCUCGCGUCGCUCUGGGUGUACUACGACACUUUGCACACCAAGGACGAGACCCGGGCGCUCGUUAGGUCUGCGUAUUUGAAGGACAUCAAAAUCGGCUGCACCAAGUUUCCGAAGGAAUUGGUUGUGCGUCCGGCACUGUGGAACAAGACGUUGGGUAACCUAGUGUUCAACAAGGCGUAUGACCAUGGCGGCCACUUUGCCGCUUUCGAGACCCCGAAGGAGCUUGCCGGCGACUUGCGGGAAAUGUUUGGCAAGGAUGGCGGAGCAUAUGGAGUAGUGGAGGGCAAGUCGGGUUAUACAUAA